UACAAAUCUGUGUUUAGGUCCUACUCCCAGGACUUUGUGCCUCACAACCAAGUCUCCAUACCUCCUUUCCUCUCUUCUACCUCCUCCUCCUGCUCCACCCCACCCUUUCCACCCGUCCAUCCAUCUCAGAGCUCUGACCUAGUGGUGCCCGCCGCGGCCAGCCAGUCACCCAGCACCGCGGAUGUGCCAAACUCCUCUUCUCAGGAGAGCAGCUUUAACGGGAAUGCUCCUGUCUGCCUUCCUUCUGAAACCUCUUUCACUGAUUCUCUCCAGACGCCUUCGAGUGAAAACGCCAGUGAGGAGGCUGGUGAGGGUGAAUACGUCAAUCUGUAUUCCUCUGGCCAGAGCAACGGGGAACUCCCUCGCUCUGAAGGAGAAUCUCCCUCUGUCAAAGACGGCCACUCCAAAGACUCCACUUUGAACAGCAGUGCCAUGGGGAAGGAAGGCAAAGAUGGUGCUGAAAGGCAGCAGCAGUCACCAGAUGCUUUGGAAUCAUCACAGUUGGAGGAAGAGGUAGAUGAGCUAUCCCUUAUCGACCACAGUGAAAUUAUGGCUAGGUUAACGCUGAAGCAAGAGGGAGAUGAUGGGCCAGAUGUUCGUGGUGGAUCCGGAGACAUUUUGUUAGUGCAUGCAACAGAGACGGACAGGAAAGAUCUGGUGCUGUACUGUGAAGCCUUUCUGACUACAUAUAGGACAUUUAUUACCCCUGAAGAGCUCAUCAAGAAGCUGCAGUACAGAUAUGAGAAGUUUUGCCACUUCCCAGACACGUUUAAGAAGCGAGUCAGUAAGAACACCUUCUUCGUCCUGGUGAGAGUGGUGGAUGAGCUGUGCUUAGUGGAGUUGACGGAGGAAAUUCUCAAGCUGCUGAUGGACCUGGUCUUCCGGCUGGUCUGCAACGGGGAGCUGAGCCUCGCCAGAGUAUUACGCAAGAAUAUCCUUGAUAAAGUGGAUCAGAAGAAAAUGCUGAGCUAUGCCAAUUCCAUCAAACCUCUUGCAGCCCGCGGGGUGGCAGCCAGGCCAGGGACUCUGCAUGAUUUCCACAGUCAUGAAAUAGCUGAGCAGCUGACCCUCCUAGAUGCCGAACUCUUCUAUAAAAUUGAGAUCCCAGAAGUUUUGCUUUGGGCAAAGGAGCAAAAUGAAGAGAAGAGCCCCAACCUGACACAGUUCACAGAGCACUUUAAUAACAUGUCUUACUGGGUCCGUUCGAUAAUUAUGCUGCAAGAAAAAGCCCAAGACCGAGAGAGGCUGCUCCUUAAAUUUAUAAAGAUUAUGAAGCACUUACGAAAGCUGAAUAAUUUUAAUUCCUAUCUGGCCAUUCUUUCUGCACUGGAUUCUGCACCCAUCCGAAGGCUGGAGUGGCAGAAACAAACCUCAGAGGGCCUGGCUGAGUACUGCACACUGAUUGACAGCUCCUCGUCCUUCCGCGCCUACCGAGCAGCUCUGGCUGAUGUGGAGCCUCCCUGCAUACCUUACCUAGGCCUGAUUCUGCAGGACCUGACCUUUGUUCAUCUGGGAAACCCUGAUUACAUUGACAGCAAAGUGAACUUUUCCAAGCGCUGGCAGCAGUUCAACAUCCUGGACAGCAUGAGGUGCUUCCAACAAGUACAUUACGACAUCAAAAGAAAUGACGACAUAGUGUCAUUCUUCAAUGACUUCAGCGACCACCUGGCUGAGGAGGCCUUGUGGGAACUGUCCCUCAAAAUCAAACCUCGGAACAUUACGAGGCGGAAAACAGACCGAGAAGAGAAAACCUAGGAGGAGGGGUUGUGCGAGCGAGGAGAAUUGCUCCGCAGACGCACCGAGGGCAGCUACGAGACUGGAGUUCAAUGUUUGUACCUGUUACUGGAUGACGUACCCUCCCUCCCAGCUGGCAGCGAUCCCUGGGUGUGUGAACGUCGUCGGGCUCUCGCAGCGGGCGAGAAGCGACCGCGUGCGUCAGCCGUGAAGGGCAGAGAUCAGCCAGCGCUCGC